UUGGACUCUACGGCUCCAUGGAAAAAUGCGAUUUUGCCUGUUUUGGGCGCUUUCGCGUUCCGUCGCAACCGCCGUCCGCAGCUCAAAGUACGAUUAUCAGAAAGUCAAAAAUGAUGUUUUCUGCGCUGGAAUAAGAUUUUGAUCUGCCGCUCGUCUCCUCAUGGCAGAGGUCUGUUAUGUUGGAGUGGACGUGGGCACUGCCAGUGUGAGGGCUGCACUGGUGACCAGAGACGGCCUGCUGAGGAGCACUGCAGAGGAGCCCAUCAGUAUCUGGGAGCCUCAGUCAGACCACUAUGUCCAGUCCUCCACUGAGAUCUGGGAGAAAUGCUGCACAGUUGUCAAGAAAGUUACCCAGGGUGUGGAGAGGAACCAGGUUCGUGGUAUUGGCUUUGAUGCCACCUGCUCUUUAGUGGUUUUGGACCAGACCUUCCAGCCUGUGCCAGUCAGUCAGGAUGGGGACAGACAAAAGAACGUGGUGAUGUGGAUGGACCAUCGUGCCGCAGAGCAGGCCGCUCGUAUAACCAACACUGGCCACAAGGUCCUGAGCAGGGUGGGAGGGGUCAUGUCACCUGAGAUGCAGCCCCCAAAGCUGCUCUGGCUCAAAGAGAAUCUUAAAGAAAGCUGCUGGAACAAAGCUGCACACUUUUUUGACCUGCCAGACUUCCUGUCUUGGAAAGCAACAGGCUCUCUGACAAGAUCUUUAUGUACUCUGGUAUGUAAAUGGACGUACUGCCCUCCAGAGGGAUGGGAUGCCAGUUUUUGGACUAGCAUUGGAUUGGAGGACCUCCUGGAAAAUAACUUCUCCAAAAUAGGCAGUGUGACGUGUUCUCCAGGGAGCCCGUUGGGAGGCGGCCUCACCCAGGAGGCAGCAGUGGAUUUGGGUUUAGUACCAGGAACUGCAGUCGGUGCUUCUCUCAUUGAUGCUCAUGCUGGAGGCCUAGGUGUGAUAGGUGCUGAUGUAAAAGGCUUUAACUUGCCAUGUGAGGACCAGCCAAUCACCUCACGCAUGGCGAUGAUCUGUGGAACAUCAACCUGUCACAUGGCGAUCAGCGAGCAGCCGCUGUUUGUGCCAGGAGUGUGGGGACCCUGCCUGUCUGCUAUGGUGCCUGACAUGUGGCUCAAUGAGGGAGGACAGAGUGCAACAGGAAGGCUGAUUGACCACAUGGUGAAGGGACAUGCUGCCUACACCCAGCUCCAGGAACAGGCACAGCAGAGAUUUCCCUUCACAGGCGAGAAUAUCUUCAGCUACCUGAACAGCCACCUGAGUUUAAUGGCUAAUGCUCAUUCUGCUGUUGACCUGCUGGGAUCCAGUCUUCAUGUGUGGCCGGACUUCCAUGGGAACAGGUCGCCCCUGGCUGAUCCCACUUUGAAAGGCAUGGUGGUUGGAUUAUCUCUCUCCCAAACCUUGGAUGACUUGGCUCUGCUCUAUUUGGCCACUGUACAAGCUCUUGCUCUUGGAACACUUCAUAUUCUGGAGGCCAUGAAAGAAGCAGGACAUGACAUCAGAACCCUCUUCCUGUGUGGGGGAUUGAGCAAAAACUCCCUGUUUGUACAGAUUCAUGCUAAUGCUACAGGGUUGCCUGUGGUGUUGCCAGACCAGAUGGAGGCUGUGUUAAUAGGAGCAGCAGUCUUGGGUGCAUGUGCGUCACAGGACUACACCACUAUACAGGAGGCAAUGGAGAAAAUGGCUAAAGUUGGGAAAGUUGUUCAGCCCAACCAAGAACUCAAGAGCUUCUAUGAGAAAAAGUACAAAGUGUUCCUGCGACUCUUUGCCCACCAGAGGGAGUACCAGGCCCUCAUGAACCACAGAUGACCCUGUCAGUGGGAGGGAGGCCGAGCUGGAGCUGAGUCUCUGUGAUAUAGCAGUGAUGAUAAAUCCACACACUGGAAACAAGAACUCAAGUCUUAACUUUGCUGUUUUUCUUGUCAUCAACAACGGUCCAGUUUUUUAUUUUCACAAUAAACUGAAGAAAAACA